UAGGACGUGCUUCGCGACGAUCACUGUGCGGUGAUACGGUCCAAGUUACCCUCUGUGGCCUCUGGCUCAUCACCCUUGGAGGAUAUUGUUCAGCUCAUUUCCGGUGAAUUUUGAGGCUGCGUUGCGAUGAACCUGCUUAUGAUUAACCGUUUAGCUGCUGUCAUCAUCUUCGAACACUCUUCCUAUAUUUUCAACAAGCAGCGCUAUCUUGAGGACAAGCAGGAGUCUGAUACCUCUUUUCAUGCCGCUCUGGAGCAGUACGUGUCAUCUCCGCAUGCAGGUGCUGUCAUGAAAGGUGUAAGUGAUACUGUUCACGCUUAUGAAAAAGCGGUGGCUACUUCCGCGAAGGAGAAAGACUAUUCGUGCUCUCCGGCGAAGGCGCAGUUAAUCAAUGCUGUUAUUGAAAUCACGUUAAAUCAUCGCCUGCACCUUGAUGCAACACAACGUAGAUGGUGUUCCGAAGUGGAGCAGAGGUUUCUUAGCAGUGAAUGUGAGUUCCUUGAGAAGUCUAUUGAGGUAGUUGCAGGAGAUGGAAGUGUACGAAAUGGUUCACACAAUAUAGUGCUUUCCCGGUUCUUUGAAGCAUGUGAGUCACGCUGAGAUGGUGGUGGGAUCUACCUGGCUUGAUGUACCCGCGAAACGUUCUUUGUCCGAUUCAAGUGCGUUGAGGUCAGGUAUGUUCUACGUACCAUUUUGCGCCACACAGCCUAUCUGGACUUGAGUCAAUAUUUUUAAA